GCUUAAGUUAGAUCAUUCCGCUGUUUUCCACAGGGGGUGGGGAGAACUGAAAAAAGUUUUCCCUGGAUGGCUUUGCUAAUUUCACUUGCUAGCUAUCAUAAUGUAUAGCUGAGAGUCAAGGUGAACAAUGUAAAGUUAAAGGGGAAAUGUUACAGAACGUGUUUUCUAUACAUAAUGUGUUUUAAACACUCUGGUAAAAUGUACGUGAUUUAGUGAAGUGUUAGGAUAACCGAGCAGCGCGUGUACCGGGUUAGUCCGCGGACUAGCAGUAACUUUUUACACGACGAGCUCGGUUAGCUUCUUCACGGCUAGUUAGCUUAGCGACGUAGCGUUACUGCUACAAGGACUCGCCGGACAGCGGGAGUUGGUUCACACAGACAAACUUAUUUUCAGUGAUGACACACGAAUGUGAAGAGUGUCGGCUUUAUUUGAGUCAUUUUAAAUAGCGUUUGCUCCGCGGCGUGGUUUAGGGAAAUCCAGCGGGAGGUAACGCCAGUUAGCUGCGGCGGCGUGUCUCUUGUUGGCCGCUACGGUUUGAUGGACAGCUUUAUCUUAUUAUCGUAACUGUUUCACUGUCCGGAUUAGAGUUUAAUUACUUUCUGAACUCGAACUUGACCCCUUUUGGACUUGGUCUCAAUUCGGACUCAACAAAGGUGGACUCGGACCAAACACUUCCAAAGGUGCUGAACUGUAAAUUCACCCAUUUCUUGGGUCCAUCUUGUCUUUAGCAUGGAUUAGAUCAGCUGCACUCAACUCCAUCUGCAGUUCACCACUGGUUUAAGAGUAACUCCAACUAUUUUCCCCACUCGCAUUUGCCCUUUGCAUUAGCUCCCAAGUGGUUGUGACCAUCUUACACCCCCACCCCACCCCCCUCAAGCGCAGGCCUUCCUGAGCACCAGCAGCUGCGUCCUGCCUCCGUUUCCUGUCCUUGGCCGUGCAAGGCUAAAGUCUUCCACUCCCUAAAUACCUCCCUACUGCAUACACACACGAAAACAGGCAUCCUUCUGGCCCGACGCAGCCCGACUAGCGGUCCAGCUCCCUCUUCCUGGUGCAGCGUGGCACGAUGACCUCCAUGUCCAGCCUGUUUUCGUUCACCAGCCCAGCAGUGAAGCGCCUGCUGGGCUGGAAGCAGGGAGAUGAAGAGGAGAAGUGGGCUGAGAAGGCUGUGGAUGCACUGGUAAAGAAGCUGAAGAAAAAAAAGGGUGCUAUGGAGGACCUGGAGAAGGCCUUAAGUAGCCCCGGGCAGCCCAGCAAGUGUGUGACCAUACCUCGUUCACUGGAUGGCCGUCUGCAGGUGUCCCACAGGAAGGGCCUUCCGCAUGUUAUCUACUGCCGUGUGUGGCGCUGGCCCGACCUGCAGUCGCACCAUGAGCUCAAGCCUCUGGAGGUGUGUGAAUAUCCAUUUGGCUCCAAACAGAAGGAAGUUUGCAUCAACCCAUAUCACUACAAGAGGGUAGAAAGUCCUGUGCUUCCACCUGUGUUGGUGCCUAGACACAGUGAAUUCAACCCACAGCACAGCCUUUUGGUGCAAUUCCGCAACCUGAGCCACAAUGAGCCACACAUGCCUGUGAACGCCACCUAUCCUGAGUCUUUCCAGCAGCACAGCGGUGGGAGCUCCUUCCCCAUAUCUCCAAAUUCACCUUAUCCACCUUCUCCUGCCAGCAGUGGCACAUACCCUAACUCUCCUGCCAGCUCGGGUCCAUCCAGCCCUUUCCAGCUCCCAGCUGACACCCCUCCCCCUGCCUACAUGCCUCCAGAGGAGUCGAUGGGACAGGACGGCUCUAAUCCCAUGGAUACUGGCAGCAGCAUGGUGCCAAGAGGAGAUGUGCAGCCUGUAGAGUAUGAGGAGCCAAGCCACUGGUGCUCUAUUGUGUACUAUGAGCUGAAUAACCGUGUUGGUGAGGCUUACCAUGCCUCCUCUACUAGCGUGCUGGUGGACGGCUUCACUGAUCCGUCCAACAACAAAAAUCGCUUUUGCCUGGGCCUUCUGUCCAAUGUCAACCGCAACUCCACAAUCGAGAACACCCGCCGCCAUAUUGGCAAAGGUGUUCACCUGUAUUAUGUUGGAGGAGAGGUGUACGCUGAGUGUUUGAGUGACACCAGCAUUUUCGUGCAGAGCAGGAAUUGCAACUACCACCACGGCUUCCAUCCCACUACCGUCUGCAAGAUCCCCAGCGGCUGCAGCCUCAAGAUCUUCAACAAUCAGGAGUUUGCUCAGCUGCUCGCUCAGUCUGUCAACCACGGCUUUGAGGCUGUCUAUGAGCUCACAAAGAUGUGCACUAUUCGCAUGAGUUUUGUAAAGGGUUGGGGAGCUGAAUAUCACCGACAGGAUGUGACCAGCACCCCCUGCUGGAUAGAAGUGCAUCUGCAUGGUCCCCUUCAGUGGCUGGACAAAGUACUAACACAGAUGGGUUCACCUGUGAACCCCAUCUCCUCAGUUUCCUAAUGAUGGGCCUCCAUGGGCUGGGAGGUUCUUUUUAUCUGGAUAUUUUUUUAUAAAAAAAAUUUUUCUCCAGUUUCGAAAGAUAUGGAGGUCUUAAGGGUUGAACUGUUUACACUAUCUGCAAAAGGGUCAUGAAACUCUGAAGCAGUCAGGACGACGAGGAAAAAAACUGAAGCACAUCUAUCAGAGGAAAAUUCUAGGCGGUGGCAUACAACGGACUAACUACUGCUUUAGCAGUUGACUUUGUGUCUGUUUUAAAAUGUUGCUUGUAUGUUUGAUUUUUCUCUACCUGUAGGUAACCUUGUAGUUGAAAACUUAAACAAUUUCACAUAUCUUCAUCUUACAUCAGUCCAAAAUUGCGAUCUUUUGAUUCUCUAAGAAUCUUUGUAAUUUCUAUGUUGUCUAAUCCCAGUUACUCUCAAGUAAGACAGUCUCUAUUAUGUUUACUAUUAGACUCUGCUCACUAUGGUUUGUGUCCUUUUUUUAUAGCCUUCAUUGCCUUAAGGCAAAUCAAAAAGUUACUGCUUUGAAAUAAAGACUAUUUGAUGAAAUUCAGGUGCAUUCUUUUAGCUGAUAUGUUCAUGGCAAGAUGUUUUAACAAAUAUGCAUUUACCUUUCUCUUUUUACUGUAACCAACAUGGGUAACUAGAGGUUAAGUAGCACUAUUUUUUUUGUUGUUGUUGUUCUACUUCACCAACUAUUGUAUUCAUGAAAUUCAUUCUGGGUUCAGAUUAAAGCAGCCAUGAAAUAAAGACAUGAUUCUCU